UUCAGCGGGGAGCUGCCGCUCACAGCGCAGAGCUCAGAGGCCUCCCCAGCCCCCAGUGGCAGCCCUCACCUCCCGCCUUCCCUCUCGAGCCUCCUAUCCAACAUGUCUGGGGACUACAGCUACGACUCCACAUCCCCUGUGGACGAUUACAUGACCUUCAACCUCACCGACCUCUUCUGCAAGAAAACCAACGUCAGGCAGUUUGCCAGCCACUUCCUCCCGCCCCUGUACUGGCUCGUGUUCGUCGUGGGCACCGUGGGCAACAGCCUGGUUGUCCUUGUGUACUGGUACUGCGCGAGAGUGAAGACCAUGACCGACACGUUCCUCCUGAACCUGGCGGUCGCUGACCUGCUCUUCCUGGCCACCCUGCCCUUCUGGGCCAUCGCCGCGGCCGACCAGUGGAAGUUCCACACCUUCAUGUGCAAGGCGGUCAACGGGCUGUUCCGGAUGAACUUCUACAGCUGCGCGCUGCUGCUUGUGUGCAUCAGUGUGGACAGGUACAUCGCCAUCGCGCAGGCCAUGAAGGCCCAGAUCUGGAGGCGGAAACGCCUCGUGUACAGCAAGACGGUCUGCUGUGCCGUGUGGGCGCUGGCCGCGGCGCUCUGCAUCCCGGAAAUCCUGUACAGCCAAGUCAAGAGGGAGUCUGGCGCGGCCGCCUGCACCAUGGUGUACCCCAGGGAUGACAGCGCCAGGGUGAAGUUCGCGGUCUUGACCCUGAAGGUCAUCCUGGGGUUCUUCCUGCCCUUCCUGGUCAUGGCCUUCUGCUACGCCAUCAUCAUCCACACCCUGAAGCGGGCCAAGAGGUCGUCCAAGCACAAGGCCCUGAAGGUGACCACCGCCGUCCUCACCGCCUUCGUCCUGUCUCAGGCCCCCUACAGCUGCGUCCUGCUGCUGCGCACCGCAGACGCCUACGCCGCGUUCAUCUCCAGCUGCGCCGUCUCCAUCAACGUCGACAUCUGUCUCCAGGUCACUCAGACCCUUGCUUUCCUCCACAGCUGCCUGAACCCCGUUCUCUAUGUUUUCGUCGGGGAGCGGUUCCGCCGGGAUCUGGUGAAAACCCUGAGGAACUUGGGGUGCAUCAGCCAGGCCCAGUGGGUCUCCUACACGAGGCGGCAGGGAAGCCUGAAGCUGUCGUCCAUGUUGCUGGAGACGACGUCGGGGGCGCUGUCCCUGUGAGGGAGGCCACGUCCUCUGGCAGUGCUGGGACAGGCAGGUCCCGCGUCCCCCACGGAGGGACCGGUAGGAACAAAGAGGGUAGGGACGAAGUGAGGGGGAAACGCAGAAAGGGGUGACUCUGGAGAGCACCGUCACGUUCAGCCUUAACUUGCCAAACCAGAGUUGCUCUGGAGGCCGCACUUUCCGGAGGACAGAGCAGCAGCCGCGA